GCAACUUUCGCUAAUAGUUAGACACUCUUGUGCCUUAUAAAAAUAUAUAUGGCUUCUAGAAACAAAUUUAAGUGGCUACUACAGAUUAUUUUGUGUCUCAAUAUUUGACAGUGAAUUUCAUGUUGUAAAAUUCAUUCUAGUUUUCUAGAACAAGGGGAAGCUGCUAUGGGUAGUUUGGCUUGUUCAUGGCUUACUGGAUCCUAUCCUUCUAGAACAUUCUUCAAUCUCCCAUCUUCCACCACUACCACCUCCUCUCUUCCUUGCUUCACUAUAUAUUGCUGUAAUUCUGAUUUUACAUCUCAACUAUCCAAAAAUGAUCUCAAAUUUGUUCUUCAUGAUGCUCUUGAUGCAUUUGAUGUCAAUACUAACCAUGCUCGUAUAGCGAGAGAAGGAUUCUGUUCACAAAUUCGAAAACUAUCGACUAUUGAGAGAGAAACGAGUAUUUGUAUAAAUAGAGGGGUUGAUUUAGGAAAAGCAGCUCUACAUAUAGCAGCUGAGGAUGAUUCUCUUGUUUCGCACUCCUCUGUUCCGCUACCUGUUGAUGAUUUUUUGGAGAGAUUGGAUCAUCUAUCGAUGGGAUACUGUUCGCGUUAUAGCUCCUCUUUUGCAUCUUCUCCGGAGCACUUUAUUCACUGUUUGGAGAAGUAUUUGUAUGUUAAUAAGGGUUUCCGAAGGAAUGGUGCAACGAGUCAAUCAGAGACACGUGCUCUUUAUCUUCACUCGGUUUUAACACAUCGUUGUGGUUCUGCUUCACUGCUUUUGCUUUUGUACUCAGAGAUAUUGAAGAUGCUGCGCUUGUGGGGUUUUUUAAGUUUUGAUAUUGAGGUUUUCUUCCCUCAUGAUUCUUUGAGCUCCCCUCGAGGCUACUGCAAACAAAAAACUAAAGAAUCUGAUCAACUACGUGUCAUGACUACACAAUCAUUGCUAAAGGAGAUGCUGACAGAUUUGAAGGAUGCUUUCUGGCCAUUUCAGCUUGAUCGUACUAAGAGUCCUUUCCUGAGAGCAGCACGAGCUGCCAACUGUUCAGAAAGUACCAACAAUUCUGAAGAAAGUGCAUUUGAGCUUGCAUCUGUCAAGGCUGCUCUGCAUCGGCUAGAGCGUGGUGUUUGGACCAGUGUUCGUUUUGGGGACAUGAGACGUGCACUCGCUGCAUGUGAACGUCUUAUCCUCUUGCAAACUGAUCCUAGAGAAUUGAGGGAUUAUGGUGUUCUACUCUACCAUUGUGGAUUUUAUAAGGAAGCACUCCACUACUUUACAUUAUACCAGGAUGAGAAGAAUUGUGUAAUGCAAAAGGAAUCGUUUGGUUUGAUUGAUAAUGUGGAGGAAGAAGAAGCCAUGGAGAAAUUAAUGAUUCGCCUAAACCUCAUUUUGAUGGAGGAAGGUUGGUCUCUCCCCCCAGAUAACAAAAGAUUCCUGCGCAAUAACUCCGAGCCCUGGUAACACUAGUAAUGUUUCGUUCGGGUGUUUUCGAAGUAUGGAGAAGUGAAACUUGUGGAAUCUGUCCCUUCAAAGUAUCUAAAAUUUGAGCAGAUCCUCUAUAGGAAAAUGUGUACAACGAAAUAAUGUAUCAAAUGAUAGGUUAAAUGUAACACACAAAUUUUCAGUAUCAUGUGUGUAGGGAGAGUACUACAGUCCUUUUAACCCAUAACAAUAUGCUCAAACUAUUCCAGUUAAAUGGAAGAAAAGAAUACUUCAUGGCAUAAUAUGUUUUUGAUGACAAAAAUAAGCAGAAACUCUUGUUGCUAAUAA